CAGCUAAUGUAAUUUAGAAGCCAUAGAGAGCAAUGGUGGUGUUGGGCUGUCACCUAAGAGUUGAAAUUAACCAUUUUUUUUGGUUUCUUUGGUCAUGGUAGAUCAUGAAAGUUCUCGAAGUCGUCCAAGCUUUUCUUGACUGUGAUCUCAAGUGGGUAUUUAUUAUGAGCCAGUGAUGGAGGGAGACAAUCAAUUGUGAUCUGUGUGAGAGAAUAGAAAAGAUGGAGAAGAUGAAUAGCUGUUCAUAUGUCAUUUGUGUUGCAGUUAUGUGGGUGUUAGCAAGUGGGGCAUUAGUGAUGAGUGCACAAGUGGAUGUGCCAGCAUCCUUCAUAUUUGGUGACUCCUUAACUGAUGUGGGGAACAAUAAUCACCUCACCUAUGGUCUUGCCAAAUGCAAUUUCCUCUGGUAUGGUAUCGAUUUCCCUGGUGGGGUUCCUACUGGAAGAUUCAGCAAUGGUAGAACUAUUAAUGACAUCAUCUUUGCCAAAUUGAAUAUUCCUAAUCCAAAAGCAUAUCUCUCCAUGUCAGAAGACGAUGACGCCAUUCUUAAAGGGGCAAACUAUGCCUCUGGAGGAGCAGGCAUACUCAACGAAACAGGAUUUCUCUUUAUUGAGAGAGUGGCAUUUGACAAGCAAAUAGAAUGCUUCGAGACAACCAAAAACCGUAUCAUCAAGAAAGUGGGAGUGGAGGCAGCUAAUAAAUUGCUUGCUGAUUCUGUUUACUUUGUGCUCAUAGGGAGCAAUGAUUACAUUAACAACUAUCUCUUGCCAGUUCCAUCCACAGUUCAGCAAUAUGAUCCUCAUGCAUUUGUCAAUUUGCUUAUUACUUCUUUGGAGCGACAAUUAAAGAAAAUUUACGAAAUUGGGGCACGCAAAAUAGUGUUCAAUGGAAUGGGACCUCUUGGAUGCAUCCCCUCACAACGGCUUCAGAAUCCUGCAGGAGAUAAUAGUUGCCUUGAUGAUGUGAAUACAUGGGCUCAAAAAUUUAAUGUGCAAAUAAACGGGGUCCUGAAGCGGCUUAAUUCACAACUACCUGGGGUUCGCAUUAGCUAUGUGGACACCUAUAACUUACUCAUGGAACUCAUUCAAAACCCCAACAAAUACGGUUUUGAUGUCGUGGAUGUCCCAUGUUGUAAGGUGGCCACACAAUUUGGACAAUUUUGUCUACCCAAUUCAUCAUUGUGUAAGGAUCGCAGUAAAUACUUAUUUUGGGAUGCCUUCCAUCCCACAGAUGCUGCCAAUGAAGUUAUGGCACAUGCCGUUCUUUCCAACCCUGAUGCUCUCCAAUUCUACCCUUCUCUUGCUCCAGCUCCUGCUCCUACUCCUACUCUCACCUCGCCAUCUCCUUCUGCUUCUCCUUAGAAUAUAAGUCAGAUCGCUUAAUAAAGAUAUUUGAAAACUAUUUAUAUAUUAUUGAAAAAGUUUUGUUCUAAGAUGUCUUUCUUAUAUAGUAAAUCUAUCGAUUAUUAAUUAUUUGGAAACUUCAAAGUGUUGUUUUAGAUUUGUUAUACCAAAUUAUCAUUUUGUCCAAACUACAACUAUCACUUGCUUGGAUUUAAAUAAUGCAAAAUGGAGUUUCAA